AUGUCGGAAAAUAGUUUAAACAGUGUUUAUCUUUUGGGUGCCGUUCAUAAUAAUUUGCCAUCACGCAAGCUGCCUAAAAAUGGCGACGUUUUGAAUUAUUUUAUGUUUAAGCAUAAGAUCUUAAAGAAGACAGUUACUGAAUGUGCUGCAGAGAUUAUAGAUGAAGUUCAAGAAAUUUGGAGUGAUAUGAAUACACCAUUGAUAAAACAUCAACAUGCAUUAAAAAAAAUGGAAAUGCUAUUUACAGAAUGGAGAAAUUUAGAUAAAAGUCGACUUAAAAAACAUUCGGAGUUUCAUCUGUUGAAAAUAAAAAAAUUUACUGAUAAACUAAAUGAAUUAUUUGAUGUGAGAUUAAAAAAAGAUAUAUCUCAUGACUCCUGUCCUGAAAAACUGUUUUCGUUAGUAAGAAGAAGUAAAGGCCGGUUAACACCAAUACCAGAUGACGUAGAAGAUGAAAGUUUUCCUCUUGAACCAAUAGAGAACGACAUUGAUGAAAAUGUCUUAAGUCAAGCUUUAUCUGACACAUCUAUUUCUUUUGAAGAAUUGAGCAGAUCAUCUUCUAGUUCUUGUUCAAGAGCAUCAAAAAGAACGAUAUCUAAUUUUGAAGACGAACUUCCGCAAAGUUCACAUGAAAAUAAAAUAGAUAUUAUGACUCCCGAAUUAUCAUCAGCUUUGGACAGAUCAAAUGUCUCUAGCAGAAAUGCUGCUUAUAUCGUUAUCGCUGUCGCAAAAAGUUUGGGUCAUGAUCCUAACAAAAUUAAUGUUAGCCAUAGGUCAAUACAUAGAGAUCGUAAUAAAAUGAGAAAAAUGAUGGCGACAGAUAUAAAAAAUAAUAAUUCUGCUAUCCAGAAUUUAGUAUUACACUGGGACGGUAAAUUGCUCUCAGAUUGUGGUGGUACUCAGAAAGUUGACAGACUUCCAAUAGUUUUAUCAGGUCUAAAUUAUGAACAACUUCUAGCAGUUCCAAAAUUAAACAGUGGUACAGGAUUUAAUCAAGCUCAUUCGAUAGUCGCAGAGUUAAAACGAUGGGACAUUGUCAAU